AAUGCACUGUGGAGCAAAUAGGCUUGUUAAAUAGUAGCGAGUUUGUUCUUACUUGCAUUAAAUGUACUAAAGGUAAUCGUGUUGCCCCCUGCUCCCCGGGGUUGGAAAGAGGAGCCCAUUCCUGCUUACUGCUGUAAGCAGCACUGUCAUGGCCCUUCAUGGAGAUGCCCAGGUUCUGAGGCACUGUGGAGGUUUCUAACAGACCGUGGGUGAUGGCCUCAUCCUCUGCCUAGAAGAAGAAAACCAUGGAGCCUCUCCUCGAUUACAGGGCCAGGUUUCCCAAGGUCAUUUGAGUUCGCCUGAUAAUGCCAAGUGAUUUUUGCCCUUUGGUAAUGAGGCUGGAUCCCAUCCAGGAUCCCUGUCAUAGAGAGUUUGAAGAGCUGGAGGGGUUGUACCUGGAGCCAAAGGACUUACAGAAUGUGGCCUCCAAUCACGCCAACCUGGUCAUCAUCCCGCUCGAGGUCACCGACCCCACCAGCAUCAAGGCAGCUGCAGCCAGAGUUGGGGAGCACGUGGGGGGCUCGGGGCUGAACCUCCUCAUCAACAACGCUGGGAUGGUGAUAAAUAACACACUUGAUGACGAGACGCCAGAGAACAUGACCCAGAUUUACACCACCAACACGGUUGGGCCCCUGCUGCUGGGCCAGGCGUUCCUGCCCUUGCUGAAGAAGGCUGCCCAAGGGAGCCCGGGCUCAGGGCUAAGCUGCAGCAAGGCAGCCGUCAUCAACAUAUCCAGCUAUGGGGGCUCCAUUAAGGAAGUCUAUUUAUGGGAUCAGAUACAAGCUGUCUCGUACCGCUGCAGCAAGGCUGCUCUGAACAUGCUGACCAAGUGCCAGUCCCUGGGGUACCGGGCGCACGGUGUCCUCUGCGCUGCUCUCCACCCUGGCUGGGUGCAAACUGACAUGGGGGACUCCGUCGGAAACGUGGCCCCCUUGACGGUGGAUGCCAGCGUGCGAGGGAUGCUGAAGGUGCUCUCCUCCCUCUCCGAGAAGGACACCGGCACCUUCCUGGACUGGGAAGGGAAGGUCCUGCCCUGGUGAGGUGCCGGCCAGACUCCUGGCAGUGGGGCCCUGGCCGCUGCUCCCGCCUGCCCUGCAUCCUCAAUAAAGCCCUGCCUGAGA